AUGUUCCUUAUUACUUCGCGCGAAGGAAUUAAAUCUGAACGUUACAGGCAUCAGCUUCCAUGUCGGUACGUCUCCUUCCUAUUCCUCCUUGAUCCCAACCUCUCCCGAGCAAUUAGUAAUGAUCACACAGGAUCCGGCGCAAUCAAUGCCUCUGCUUUUACUCAAGCCAUCAAAAAUGCAAAGGCCGUCUUCUGUCAAGCUGCCAACCUCGGAUUCCAAAUGACCCUGCUUGAUAUCGGAGGUGGCUUCCAGGACGGCAACUUCGAGCGGAUCGCAUCCUCUGUGCACCAGACUCUCUGCGAAGAAAUUCCCUCUCACAUCCGCGUCAUCGCUGAGCCAGGUCGCUACUAUGCACGCAGUGCAUACACGCUUGCUUGUAAGGUGAUAUCGCGACGUCGGCAGAUCGGCGAUCCCCGCAAAACUGGCCCUGAUAUGCUGUACCAGAAUGACGGCGUUUACGGGUGCUUUAUGAAUGUAAUAGUGGAGAAAGAAAUCAUGUGUCCCAGUCUAGUCACGUCGUAUGCUCAUUCACACGGCGAGAAUGCAAAGCGACAGCAAGGAGAACAUCGAUACUCCAUCUGGGGUCCGACAUGCGACAGCACGGACUGCGUGGUAAGGGACGCAGCGUUGGAGUCGGAGGUAAAAGUCGGUGACUGGCUGAAAUACAAGAACAUGGGUGGUAAGUUUUCUUCGCAACACCGUCCUCUUUUCUUGCUUCCAAAGCAAGCUCAAUGGCUGAUCAUUGCAGCAUACACCGCCUCAACAGCAACCCAAUUCAACGGAUUUUCGAGCGAUCGUGCCGUGAUUUACAUCGACAGCGAGUCCGAGAACGGCGCAAUGAAGACGGGAAUCCCGUGGGACCUUUACGUUUAUCAGCAGACUGAAAUGGCAAAUGUCGCAACACCGCUGAAGCAAGGGCUGUAUCAGGCGAGUUGCUGA